AUGGACUCUUCACUGACUGCUGCACAGAUCCGUGAGAAGUUCAUCGACUUCUUCCGCCGCCAUGAACACCAGUAUGUCCACUCGUCAGCCACCAUUCCACUGGAUGACCCCACGCUGCUCUUCGCCAAUGCCGGAAUGAACCAAAGCCGUAUUCUGCCUGGCAGCAUGAAGGAUAACUUCUGGGAGAUGGGGGACACUGGUCCAUGUGGGCCGUGCAGUGAGAUCCACUAUGAUCGCAUUGGAGGCAGAGAUGCUGCACACCUGGUCAACAUGGAUGACCCAAAUGAGCUUGAAAUCUGGAAUUUGGUGUUCAUCCAAUUCAACAGAGAAUCAGAGACCGUGCUUAAGCCUCUUUCCAAGAAGAGCAUCGACACAGGGAUGGGACUUGAGCGCUUGGUCUCUGUUCUACAAAACAAGAUGUCUAACUACGACACUGACCUCUUCGUUCCUUAUUUUGAAGCCAUUCAGAAGGGCACAGGUGCAAGAGCAUACACAGGAAAGGUUAGUGCAGAAGACACCGAUGGCAUCGAUAUGGCAUACCGUGUCCUGGCUGAUCAUGCCCGCACCAUUACAAUCGCCUUGUAUGAUGGUGGCAGACCUGACAACACUGGCAGAGGGGGUGAUGCUUUUCCAGAGCUGCGGAAAGAUCCUUAUAUGGUAAAGGAUAUCAUCAAUGAGGAAGAGGCACAGUUCCUUAAAACCCUCAGCAGAGGACGCCGCAUCCUAGACCGCAAGAUCCAGAGUCUCGGAGAAAGCACAACUAUACCAGAGGGGAUGCUGUUUACUGGUGCAAGCUCACUUCACCUGCACAUCAACGGCGAGCAAGAGGUGGGCGACAGAGUAAAAUCGACAUCAGCGAUGCCGAAGAAAUAGUAAACCUGCCUAAAC